AUGGAGCGAUCGCCGCGCCAUCCCGCCUUCCGCGCCGAUCGGGUCCCUGUCGUGAGGGACGGUCGAGUAGCUGAUGCGCGAACGAAUGACGAAGGACACGCCGAACGCGCGGAUCGAGAUGCGUGGCUCCAGGAGAGCGGACACGGACCUGGCGCGGAGGGCGGAAACCACCGCGGCGGAAGGGUGUUCCGCUCCCCGGAGGAGCGCAGACGACGUCGCGACGAGAGAGGGCGGUGGUUGGCGUUCGGCGAGCAGUCUCGCGGACAAGGAGGGAGCGGCGGCAGCGUCGCUCGCGGAGAGAACUCGCCGCACAAUGCGGUUCGAGAAGAGACGCCAGAGCAGGGCGUGGAUGACAAGGAAGAAGGAUCGGAACGGUCAGACGAGGAGGCAGGGAUAGAAGGGGCGAAUGAGGCGCGAACAGGAGGAACGGGCGAUGCUGAAACCGAGCCGGCGGAGGCGCAAGCGGAGACGAGCCCGGUGGCGGUCGCGGAAUUAGAGGCUCCGCCACCGGGAUCGCGCGGUCGAGACGAUCCCUACGAGGAAGGGCGGCGCACGGAGAGCUCCGGACGGCAGGAGCUGGGCGGGCCAGAGAUGAGCCAUCGAGCGUGGCAGGCGCCAAAUUCGCGCGGCAAGGGAAAGGAGGAGUGGUCCCGCUUGGCGGAGAGGGAGCGGCGCCUCGGGGGAGGGCGCGUGGGCGAGUUCCGCCCGCGCGGCGAGCGCCAGGAGCAGGGAGAGUGGAGCGGCGGCGCUUCGCAUUCGGCAGGACGGCAGCAGCCGCGCGGGGAGAGGGGGCGAGAGACGGAAACAGCGCCGCCGAAGUGGCACGGUCAGCAGCAAGAGGGAUGCAGCAGCACCAUACGCUCGCCAGGCCGGACUAGGCAGAGGGAGCGGAGAGACAGCAGCUGGUCCCGCUCGCCGGACGGACAACACACGCGUAGGGAGAAGUACGCGGGGGAGCGGUCACCGUGGCGUCAGCCGCGCACUUGGAGUGAGCACCUGGACGCCCGGUCACCAUCGCCAGAGAGGCAGCCGCGGCGUGAGAUGAGCAGAUGGGAGGAGCAGGAGGUGCACGGACCGCCGACGGUGCAGUGGGGACGGACAGAGGGGCGAGGAGAAUCGAGGGAGAGGCGGUACGAGGCAGGCGGGAGCCGCCAAAAGAGAAGAACGGAAGGCGGAACUCUGGCGCGAGGAGCAGAGCGGGCGCGGGAAGCUAGAGAGGGCAUGCAGAGAGCACGGGUGAGGGGAACAGAGAGGAGUCGGCAGGAAGGGGCCAGCGAGGCAUGGGGAGAGGGGCGUGGGGGCAGCAACGGCGCCCCACGGAUACUGGAAAAGGGAGGGGCCGCUAGGAGAACUGCCAGUGCGAUUCGUGAAGGUGGAGCCGAAAAGAGCAUACCAGGCCAUGGGGGAGCGGCUGCCAGGAGAGCAGGGAGGGCUGCCGGGGAGGGGAGGAGCGCCUAG